AUGGAAGUUGAAAAGCAAAGGAACAAGGUGAAGAUGAAGAAGCGAAGAGCACCAGAAAUCGCCAUUGUUGGUUCAGAUGAUAAGAGAGUGGUGAAAGGUGGUGAACCGAAUGAAUCGGAAUUAUCAUCGGGGAAAUCAACGACCUUGAUCACAAGGGACUUGCUUGGUAGGUGUUGCACCCUUGACUCCAAAGAGUUGGACCUUGAAUUGCAAGUUCCUUCUGGUUGGGAAAAACGCCUUGACUUAAAGUCUGGAAACGUUUUUUUACAAAGAUGUGAUUCUUCGAUCUCGAGCUCUUCGACUUCAGAAAAUAAGCCACAUGGUAAAACCGUUGCGAAGCUAAAAGACCUCAACUUCUAUCCAGCAUCAAAGCAAACGUUAAACCUUUUCCACAAUGCUAGUUUAGACUUAAAGACGUUAGUCCCUCCACCGUCAACUUCAAAGCCGUCAUCAAAUUACCGAAGCAUAUGCACUCUAGACAAAGUUAAGUCCGCACUCAAGAAGGCAGAGAAUGAGUCGACAAAAAAGCGUUCAAUCUCGAUGUCUAAAUCAUUGUCCACUCAUUCGAGUUCUUCGUCUUCGGUUAAAGAUUGUGACAGUAAUCACGAGGAGAAAAUGGAUGCUUCGGUUGCUACUGGAUGUCCUAAUUGUCUACUUUAUGUGCUAAUCUCGAAGAGCAAUCCUAAUUGCCCUCAAUGCAACAAUAUUGUCUUAUUGCCUAUGCAAGUCAAGAAACCUCGAUUUGAUCUUAACAUAACUAUUUGA